GUCUGCAUGAGCGAUUUUUCUUUGAAAAACGGAUAGACUUUUUUCGGAUUUCAAGCAGAUUUUUCUGGUUUUUCGGGCAGUUGCCGACAUUUUUCAAAAACAUCUGGCAUCUCUGGUUUUCUGUUUGAGUUUAAAAAGUUAAGAAUUUUAGUGUUAUUCAACAUGAAUUUUCAAUCUGUAACAGUCAAAGCUUUUUCUUCUAUACAAAACUUAAAUAUAGCUGAACUAGCUCAAUGCGAUGAAAGUGAAAUUCGUCCUUUACUACCGUGUCUGGUGCGAAUGAGUCUACUUCCACCGAUAGACAGCACAAACAAUUGGAUGGCUAGUCGGAAACAGCUGCUUUCAAUUCUUUCCGGUAUUGAAAUUGUUAACAAUAUUGUGUCGUUACUACAGGUCAAUUUCCAUGAACUGGAACUGGAUGUUAAAAAAGAACAGCAAAUGAGACAGAAGAUUGGUUAUGCGGUGCAAGAGUCUGCACAUUACCAGAGUCUCACUAAUGGAGUUGUUAUGGAUUUCGAAAGAGCUGAUAUACUUAGCAAAGUCAGAGUCGUAUUGUCGGAAAUAUUUUACAUACAAGCACAAAUUGUGGAGCAGACUUCUCAAACUUUAGUUCAGAAGUCUUUAGAAGCUAAUAUUAAAAAAUCGGAAUUAUUUGACAACGAUAUAUAUCUAGAGGAAAUCGCGGAUAUCAUUUGCAUAGCAUUAGCCGAAUUACCAUCUUUAUUAAAUGUGCUGGAAAUUGUUGAAACUCUUUUAUAUGUUAACAAUGGAAGUAAACUCAUCUGUUGGGUAGUAGCGAAUAUGCCAGAUUGCUUUCGGGAAACCGUAACCGCGCUAAUAACUAACGGCGACGAAGAUAACCCAGAUGGAAAGUUAAGGCUUGCUGCACUUUAUGAGCUAUGCGAUAUGAAUCCAGGACAGGCUUUAACAACAAGAACAAUUUGUGUUGAACAAACUAAAAUGCCUUCGCUAAUGCUGAAGUUAAGCCUCAAGGACCCGGAAAAUUUGGUUGCUUUUAUCUCAGGUUUAUUAUUAGGAAACGAUCAAAAUAUCCGGGCUUAUUUUGCAUUAUAUGUACGAUCAAGCCAAAAACGUAAAGGAGAUGCACUACAUUUGUUAAGAGAUGAACUUUUGAAGCAAUUGCAAAAUAUUGUUAUGUUCUCCCAAAACUCUCAGUUGCAAGAAAGACAUGUUGUGCAAUCGGCCGCUAUGCUAAGACUAUAUUGUGCAUUACGUGGCAUUUCAGGCAUCAAAUUUACCGAUGAAGAAAUUUUUUAUUUAAUUCAAUUAAUUACAACAAAACCGCCUCCUUCGCCCUCUGGUAUUCGUUUUGUUUCUCUCGGUUUGUGCAUGUUGAUAGCAUGCCCUUCUCUACUUGCCAAUCAAGGAAUUGACACAAAAAUAAUCGAUUGGAUUCAAUGGCUCAUCAAAGAGGAAGCAUAUUUUGAAAAGGCAAGCGACACAUCAGCGUCUUUUGGUGAGAUGCUUCUGCUCAUGGCUAUUCAUUUCCAUAGUAACCAAUUGACCCACAUAUGUGAGUUGGCAUGUUCAACUUUAGGGAUGAAGUUUCCUCUGCGUCCAAAUACAAUCAGCCGUAUGCGGCACAUUUUCACACAGGAAAUAUUUACUGAACAAGUUGUAGCCGCUCAUGCUAUCAGAGUUCCUGUUACAAUGAAUUUAAACGCGACAAUAUCUGGAUAUUUACCAGUGCAUUGCAUACAUCAAUUACUUAAAUCACGCGCUUUUUCUAAGCACAAAGUACCUAUAAAAAACUGGAUUUUCAAACAAAUUUGCAACUCCAUCACGCCCUUACAUCCGGUGUUACCAGCUUUGAUUGAAGCAUACGUAAUGUCUAUUAUCUUACCAAAUCAAAAAAACUCUUUGGAACAUACUCAUAAAGCACUAUCGGAGCAAGAGAUACAACAGGUUUUUAAAGGCAUCAGUUUUAACAAUGUGCAGAGUAUUAAUGAGCUCAACCCGAAUGAUGACACUGAUAACUCAGUUGCCGGACUAAUAGGCGACGGGUUCAACCGCAAUCCUAAUUUGACACCACAGUUAUUACUUUUGUACUAUCUGUUAUUAUAUGAGGAUGUUCGGUUAAGCAAUAUGGUUAAUAUUAUUUCCAGCGGCAGACAAGUGAAAGCCUACUCAACCGAGUUUCUAUUUGAGCUACCUAUAAAAUAUCUUUUGCAACAAGCCCAGAAAAACCAACAAGAAUAUAAUGUUUUAUUUAGUCCUCUGCUACGUUUACUCGUUACGCAUUUUCCUCAUCUCUCACUGGUAGAUGACUGGAUCGACGAAGAAAACAUUUCUUCUGAACAUUUAUCUAGAGUUACUUGCAAUGAAAGAAAUGUAAUAGACGCUCUGGAAGAAAUGAACAAUAAUCCAGUAAAGACUAUAAAGCAUUUGAAAGUAAUGAUGAGAAAAAAUCCUUCUGAAAUUUGGCCCAUGGCUGAGAUCUUCAUCCGUUAUUUCAAAAAAAUACUUUGCUGUAAUUUGCCGCGUUUGAUGCAAGAAUUAUAUAAAAAUGUGUGGAUUCGAUUAAAUACUAUAAACCCUCGACAGCUAUGGAUCAUGACAAUUAAUGCUCUGAUGCCAGAAGACACUGUAACCAGAAAUCAAACGUCCCCUCAGGAAAUAAUACUUAUAGAUCCUCUUCAAAUACUUCGAUGCGAUGAGCGCAUUUUUAGAUGUGCCAGUGCACUGUUUAUUGUAUUGCGAAUUCUGCAGUCUACACUUGCCGCUUCCAAGAGCCAACUUUCUCGACAUAUGCUUGAUAAACCGUUAAUUGAAAUGGGAAAGCAAAUAAAGUCUGAUACGGACCGAGAAGAGCUUAAAUUAGCUUUAAUAGCUUCACAGGAAAGUGUCGCUGUGCAAAUUCUACUAGAAGCGUGUCUUGAAUCGAAAAAUGACCUUAUAAAACCUGGAAGAUUAUGGGCACUUCGUGAAGUACGUGGUAUGGUUUGUUCGUAUAUACAUCAGGUGUUUAUAGCAGAGCCGUCACUCGCAAAACUAGUCCAUUUUCAAGGAUACCCUAGAGAGUUAUUGCAUAUGACUGUUCGAGGAAUACCUUCUAUGCAUAUCUGUUUGGAUUUCAUACCGGAACUUCUGAGCAUGGCAGAAAUGGACAAGCAAAUAUUUGCUGUAGAUCUUACAUCACAUCUUUCUCUCCAAUAUGCUCUACCGAAGUCACUUAGUGUAGCAAAAUUGUGCUUGAAUACUUUAACCACAUUACUGGGAGUUCUCUCUGGAAACACGCGAAUCGAAAUGUUUCGAGCAGUACUACCGGGUAUGGUUCGUUUUGCAGUAGCCUUCCCUCCUCUAAUAGAGGAAUGCAUCAUGUUGCUCUUACAACUUGGACGUAUCGCUGAGUCACAAUCGACAUUAGCAGAAUCAGCGUCGCUACCCACGCUUCUUGGACCAGAAGCAAAAAUGCGAUCUCGAAGUAAACGUUCACAACAUGUACAACAGCUGGUGGAUGAUGUCAAAAAAACGUUCAAAAAUCUAAUAAACGAAGCUGUUCUUUACCCAAAAAUUUAUUAAAUAAAUGGCAGGUAGCAGCAUAAA